AUGAAUGCCACAAAGCGCAAGUUCAACGCCCUCCUCCAGGGCAUCGGCAGCCGACCGACAAGCAGCACAGCCUCCGACAACAACAACCACAACAACGACAAGACCAGCACCACAAGCUUCGACAGCCCUCGACGCAUAGCCACCACCGACAGCACAAACACCGCUCCCGCCGCGGGCCUCUCCCGACUCUCCGACAGCGGCAGCAACAUGCGCUCCGCCCAGCAGCCGGCGCGCCCGCCCUCCAACUCCUCGGUCGCGGACCAGCUCGACUUCCUCAGCAAGCGGCGGCGCAUCGGCCAGCCCGCCUCGACUCCCUCCGCGAGCAGCACCACCGCCGCCGCCGCCAGCACGGCGACCAGGAUAUCCAACGUCGUGCUGCGCAAGUGGAGCGGCAAGGACGGCAGCGCCAACGCCCCGCCGCCGAGGUACUGCCCCGGCGACCGGGAGCAGCUCGUCAAGAGGCUGGCCACGUUCCAGGAGCUGACCGACUGGACGCCCAAGCCCGACCGCAUCAACGAGAUCGAGUGGGCCAAGAACGGCUGGGUGUGCCAGGGCAAGGAGCGCCUGCGCUGCACCCUCUGCAGCAAGGAGGUCGUCGUCAAGCUGACCAGGAAGGACGCCGACGGCAAGGAGGCCUCGGUGCUCUCGUCGUCGUCAUCGCCGUCAGAGGUCGAGGAGGCGCUCGUCGACAGGUACGUCGAGAUGAUGGUCUCGUCGCACCAGGAGGACUGCCUGUGGCGCAAGAAGGGCUGCGACGACACGCUCCUGCGGCUGCCCCUCGCCAAGCCGCGCACGGCGCAGGAGGGCCUGCGCCAGAGAUACGACGAGCUCUGCGCGCGCAGGGACUUCCUCCCCUACGAGUUCAACCUCAAGCUCCCAGAGGGCUUCGACCUCGACGCCGUCCUCUCCAACCUCCCGCCAAACUUCUUCACCGAGCCGCCGCCGCCGCCGCCCGCACCGGCAUCGGGAGCCGCCGCCACCCGCCACCCCAACCGCCCGGCCCUCGCCCUCGCGGCGCUGGGCUGGCAGGGGCUGGCCAACCCCAAGAUCGGCCCCGUGCCCAACUCGGCCUCGUGCCACACGUGCCUGCGCCGCCUGGGCCUCUGGAUGUUCAAGAGCAAGGAGGUCGACCCGGACACGGGCGCCGUCCUCGUCCCGGCCCUCAUGGACCACCUCGACCCCGUCCGCGAGCACCGCCCCUUCUGCCCCUGGCGCAGCGGCGCCGUCCAGCGCAACCCCGGCUCCGGCGCCAGGCCGUCGCGCACCGCCGAGCCCGCCAGGCCCGCGUGGGAGGUCCUGGCGCAGGUCCUCAAGAACGACGCCUACCUGCGCAACCGGGCGAGCACGGCCACGAUGACGACGACGACGACGACGUCGGGCGCUCCGGCCGCCGGCGCGACGGACACGACACGCGGGGAUCAGCUGCAGCCGCCGGCCACCCCGACGUCGACGUCGACGCGCAUCUACGGCGACGACUUCGAGGUCGAGGACGAGGCCGUCCGGGCCGCCAAGGACAAGGAGCGGUGGGCCCGCCUGCGCAAGGUCAAGAGCCUGUUCAACACCAAGGGCGGCAAGAAACUCGGCCGGUCGGCGAGCCGGCCCGGCACGGGGCACUCUACGCUUCACCAGCAUGAGGGGGGAGGGUCGACUUGA